GCCAUACCAUGUGCAAGAGAGCCCUUCAGAGUGUAAAGUCUUCAGUUUUGUCUCCAGUGAAGUUUGGUUACAAUGUCCAAACUGAAUGAUGUGCUACAGUAUAUACACCACAGAGCAAUCUAGAAGACAGUUGUGUGGACUUCUCCAACUCCCUUCCUUUGGAUACUUGUGAUAUCAGUGGAAAAUGUUUUCAUACAAGAAUAGUAAAUCUGCCGGUUACCAUAACCAUAACUUGCCAUCUGAUGCUAAAUCUAGACCUCGGGAUUCUUCUGCUCUGUAUGACAGACUACACAUCCCCAAGUCACUCCAUGAAGCCUGGAACGGCAGCCAAUGUGAAGUCUGCUCCACCCAGCUGAAGCAACUCAAGCACGAAGCAGUAGCCAUGGUGCAAUCUCUGGAGGAGGCUCAGUCUCAGAGUGAGGCUGCCUCCCUGAGUAACCUCCCCGCUCUAGUCGGAUCUCGGGACCUGGCAUCCUUACAACGCUACCUCUACUCGCAGCACUCUCAUGGGAAUGGAUCAGGGCAUGGUCGCUCCUCCCGUCAAGCCAAAAGCACCUUGCCGGCAGCUAGUCGUCUUCCUGCUUCAGUGCCAGUAGCUAUCCAGGCACAGCAAUACUUGGAGGAGAGUCUGGGUGCUAAGUGGAGGGGCAACCAAAAGUCUGGAUCUGUCUUGACACAAUGCCAAGUUCAGGUAAGUACUUCCUGUCUCUUCCUCGCUUGAUCUGUGAUUUAUAGCCUGAAUACAGGAUCAAUACUUCUCGUAGUAAGCAUCGCUGUUUGAGUAGCAACUGGCUUCAUUAUACAGUUGUACAAUCUAUGUGAAUUAUUUUUUUUAUUUGUAAAAAUCAAAAGAGCCGAAUUUUUAAUACAAUGUAAUUGGACUUCAAGUACAUUUUUUAACAGUAGUGUGUAUUUGUUAUUUCUUAAGGAUUAGUUUCUAGUUCAGCUGUUUUCAUUCCCGUACCCUGGUUCAUGUUUUUCAAAUUUAAAAAGAUUGUCAUGUUUAAACUGAAAGGCUGUGAUUUGUGGGUUUUGAAAGGAAGUAUGUUGUACUUCCAUUGAGCAAAGCUUCUUUGAUACAUACAUGAUAGUUUUUAGUUUACAAGUUUCUAAUUUAAUUUAGAGGGGCAGAUUUUUUUGAAUACCUUUUCCUUUGUGAGAAAAUGUAUCAAUUUGUUCCAGAAUCCUUACUAUUUUGACCUGAAUACUUGUCCCCUUUCCUUGCUCUAUAUUCUUUUUUUUUUUGCCAGAACAGUUCGCAAAAUCAUAACUCACUUUUCCACAUCCAGCUUGACAUGUGAGAAUUUAUCACUCUGGAUUUAUGGAGUAAAAGAAAAUCCUGAUUGAUUGCCCCUGUAAAUUCUCCCAGUGCCUCCGCCAGUUACUAGAGCUGGACCAGGGACCCAAAGCAGAGAGGGCCAGCCUCAUUUCCUGGGGUAAUUAGGAGCCAAACCUGCAACCCACAACUCAACAGGUGUUGACAUGGAUUAAUUAUCACCUGCCUAUCAGGGGGGCAUUGUUCUAACCAAUGAACCUUGGGAAGUGUGAAUUCCUUUAUAACCAGACUGGUUUUCUGUUUCUUUUUUCAUUUCCAGUUGGGGAGGGUCUAUUUCACACUUCAGUAAUAAUUGGCACUUUAUGUUAAAGUCUCAAAUUCCUUGAAUGUGGAGGUUUUGUAUUUGUUUGUCUUGUUGGUUGGUUUGUGGUAUUUAUUUUUCCCCAGGGCUUAGUUUUUGUUGGCAAAGUGCUUAUCCUUUCAAAGUACUUGGAGCAUUAUGAAUGAAAAUGGACAGGGUGCACAUACUUGCUGUAUGGUAAAUUUAACAUUUAAACCUUGAAUCUACUUUAUGUUCUUGUUCAACACCUGAUAAAGAGAAACCUGUAGUCCAUUGAUGAUUUUUUUUUUUCAUUUCAAAUAUUCUGUCCAAAAAGUCUCGCUCUGUCUCCAUUGUCUAUU